GCCCCAAUCGCGCGGUUCCGCGCGCUGUUCUUGCGGUAUAAGCGAGUGAACUUGUCGGGGGCUCCUCGGUCUAUCGAGAUGGGUGUUGUUGGUCGGAGUAAAAAUCAAAAUCUCCACCACGGGAUUACCACCACUAAUACCGAUGGAUCCAAAAUCCCCACCUCCCCACUGCCAAUGUCUCUAUCUCUUGUUACUCGUGGUUGAUUCGGUCGUUCGUGGGUCAUCGUCUUCCUCCAUGGUUGUCCAUUGGAACCCAUCGCUCUAGCGUAAGUGGCCAAUCCUUCCAUCGCCAGUGAUCACUCCACCAUCGCCCAAGAACGAGGAGAGAAUGCUCCACCAUGUCUUCUUGGUGGCCAUCUCCGUGCUUGCUCUGGAUUCCACUGCUGCCACUGAUCUCUCCUGUGCGUCCGAGCGAUCGGCAUUGCUGGAGUUUCGAGCCAGGCUAGGCGGCGGCGGCGGCGGCGGUGGAGUGCUCGAGAGCUGGAGCAGCGGUGCCACCGUAAGUUCGUCCUGGCGAGGAGUGACGCUGGGAAGCCGGGGCCAGGUAGUCAAGCUCGAGCUCUCGUCGCUGGAGCUCACGGGAGAGCUCUAUCCGGUCUGGGACUUCUUGCCGGCGCUCCAGGUGAUGAAUCUCUCGCACAACUCGCUAGGUGGUCGCUUGGAUUUCUCGAGCUCCUGUGGCGGCGCUGCGCUCGUGUCCCUGGAUCUCAGCUUCAACCGGCUUGCGGGGCCUGUGCGUGAGGAAGUCCGUCGCUUCCAGGCGCUCCAGCUCCUACGCCUCGACCACAAUGGCUUGUCCGGCGAGCUCCCGCGGGGUCUCUUCGAGCUGCGGUCGCUGGUAGCUCUCGAUCUCUCCUGGAACAACUUCUCGGGGCCCGUGAGCUCCGACUUUGAGCUCCUCCGCCGGAUGGAGCUCCUCGAUCUCUCGCACAACAACUUCUCGGGUGCGUUGCCGGCUUCCAACUUGUCCAGGAUGGCCGCAUUGGCGAAGCUCGAUGUUUCUUCCAAUGCCUUGGACUCGAUCAAGGUGGUGGAAAUGGGCUUGUUCCAGCAGCUACGAACUCUCGAUCUCAGCAGUAACAGCUUCUCUGGAAACCUCCCGGAGUUUGUGUUCGCCACCACCUCGCUCGAGGUACUUAAUCUCUCCUCGAACCAGUUCACCGGGCCUGUCCGAGAGAAAGCUUCUGGCGAGAGGAGGAUCCGAGUGCUCGAUAUGGCAUCCAAUGCCUUGACGGGUGACCUGAGUGGCCUCGUCGGCCUCACGUUGCUGGAGCAUCUCAACCUGGCCGGAAACAACCUCUCUGGAACGAUACCGUCGGAGCUUGGACACUUCGCCAACUUAACCAUGCUCGAUCUCUGUGCCAACGAGUUCCAAGGUGGAAUCCCGGACAGCUUCUCCAACUUGGCCAAGCUCGAGCACCUGAAAGUGUCGAACAACCUGCUCUCGUACAUGCCCGACGUUGGCGUCUCUCUUCCGAAGAGCCUCAGAGUUCUCAGUGCCGGCAGCAAUCUCUUCUCGGGGCCACUUCGCGUGUCGUAUAACUCCGCUCCGUCCACCUUGGAGGUCUUGUAUCUUCCAGAGAACCGCUUCACGGGCCCGCUUCCACCAGAGCUUGGCCAGCUGAAGAACCUCAAGAAGAUCAUCCUCAACCAGAACAGCUUCGUAGGGAGCAUUCCACCGUCGAUAGCGCACUGCCAGCUCCUGGAAGAGAUAUGGAUCAACAGCAAUCUUCUCACAGGUCACAUACCCCCGGAGCUCUUCACGCUCAAGCAUCUCCGAGCGCUUGUUCUGGCCAACAACAGCUUGUCCGGCUCUCCAGUCCCCCUGGGUAUUUCGCAGUCCAAGACACUCGAGGUGCUGUGGCUGGAGCAGAACAACUUCUCGGGCCCGAUAUCUUCCGAGGUUGGCCAACUUUCCAAUCUUCUCAUGCUGUCGCUCGCCUCCAACAAGUUGACGGGACACAUACCUGCGUCUCUCGGCAAGCUGACUAAUCUCGUCGGCCUGGACCUCGGCUUAAACGCUCUCUCGGGACGUAUACCGGACGAGCUAGCAGACCUCUCUUCCAUCCAGUUUCUUUUCUUGAGUGGAAACCGGAUGGAGCAGCGGAUACCGGGAUGGAUUGGUAACUUGUCCAGGCUCCGGGCCGUGGAUCUGUCCUUCAAUAGAUUCAGCGGGAGUAUUCCGACGGCCUGGAGUAACUCCACGCUAACGAGCCUGUCUCCCAGGUACUCGGACAAACCUCCAUCGGCACUCGUCUACAACAACGAGGGACAGAGAUUUAUCGGCUAUGCUUUGCCGACCACCCUGGACUUCUCGCAUAACGAGCUCGUUGGAGGCAUUCCCGCUGAGCUGGGAGCGUUGAGGAACUUGCAAAUACUGAACUUGAGCCACAACAGGCUCCAGGGAAGUAUUCCUCCGUCUCUGGGAAACGUGCCUGCUCUGCUGAAGCUCGACUUGUCCAGGAACAAUCUCACCGGCACUAUUCCACAAGCGUUGUGCAAGCUGACGUUCCUGUCCGACUUGGAUCUCUCGGACAACCAUCUGAAAGGUGCCAUCCCGAGCUCCACCCAGUUUCAGACGUUUGGCAACUCUUCGUUCGCUGGCAAUCCAGACCUUUGCGGAGCUCCACUCCCAGAAUGCCGUCUGGAGCAGGACGAAGCUCGCUCGGACAUUGGAACAAUCUCUGCUGUCCAGAAACUGAUUCCUCUGUACGUCGUAAUUGCUGGAAGCCUCGGAUUCUGCGGCUUCUGGGUGCUCUUCAUCAUCCUGAUACGGAAACGUCAAAAGCUACUCUCGCAGGAGGAAGACGAGGAUGAAUACAGCAAGAAAAAGCGUUACCUCAACUCCUCGGAAGUGUCCAACAUGAGCGAAGGCGUAGCUUGGAUCCAUCCGAACGAGCUGAUGUCUGCAACGAGCAACUACAGCCAUGCAAACAUCAUAGGUGACGGGGGCUUCGGAAUAGUGUACAAGGCGAUUCUAGCGGAUGGAUCGGCCGUAGCGGUGAAGAAGUUGAUAACAGACGGAGGAUUUGGGAUGCAGGGGGAGCGAGAGUUCCUUGCCGAGAUGCAGACGCUGGGAAAAAUAAAGCAUAAGAACCUGGUGUGCCUCAAAGGAUACUCUUGCGACGGAAAGGACAGGAUACUGGUGUAUAAGUACCUCAAGAACGGGAACCUCGACACCUGGUUGCACUGUCGGGAUGCCGGAGUGAAGCCUCUGGACUGGAAGACGCGCUUCCACAUAAUCCUCGGAGCAGCUCGAGGCAUUACUUUCCUCCACCACGAGUGCUUCCCUCCCAUCGUCCACAGAGACAUCAAGGCCAGCAACAUCCUUCUCGACGAAGACUUCCAGGCUCAUGUUGCGGACUUUGGCCUUGCGAGGUUGAUGAGAGACGCUGGCGAUACUCAUGUCUCCACCGACGUUGCCGGGACCGUUGGCUACAUUCCACCGGAGUAUAACAGCUCGUGCAUGGCCACCAUGCGCGGAGACGUCUACAGCUUCGGCGUUGUCGUUCUCGAGACCAUCAUGGGGAAGCGUCCCACGGACAAAGGUUUCCGGAGAGCUGGAGGCAUCGGUCAUUUGGCUGGAGAGCGCGUCACAGUCCAGGAGCUCCAGUCGGCCAUCGACGCGGCCAUGCUAGCCGAAAACACCACCGCCAGCCCCACGAACGCUGCAGAAGUUUCGGCAGAGAUUCUCGAGGUGAUGAAGAUAGCCUGUUUGUGCUGCGUCGAUAAACCAGGCAAGCGACCCGAGAUGACGCACGUCGUGAGGAUGCUGGAAGGCGUGGAAAGGCGACACUCGAACGGUGCGUCCAAUCUUGUAAGUCCACCGUCUGUAGACGGAGGGUCUAAGCACUUCCUGAAUAAUGUAGAGACUUGAGAAUGAAAAGGAUGUGUGAAAUUGAGUACGA